CCCCUGAAGCCCCGCCCCUCCGAGGCGCAAUCGCCGCUGCUUCCGGCACUUCCGUGACCUCCCGUAACUACAGAGACGUUUCCGGCUGCCUAGUUUGCCGCCCGAUGUAAGAAAAGGAACCAUAGAGAACGCUGAAUAGAGGGGACGCCGCUCUUUGCAUUCGAAGCAGAGGGAGCCCAUCUUUUCUAGAAACUCCACAUCCACGCUGUUUUUCGCCAAAGGUUUCCACCCGCCUCUCUAGCAGGAACCGGAAGCCCGCGCAGCGACCGGCUUCUUUCUUUGGAAGAGCUCGAUCCUUUUUUCCGGUUCCGCCGGGAGCUGCGGUUACGGCAGCUGCAGAGGACCAAAACUGCUUGAAACUCGCUCAGGAUUUUCUUUAGCUUUGGCGGUCUCCGGGACGGGUUUUGCCCAUGGAAUGAUGCUGAACAAUGUCCAUGUGUGCUUGAGCUGGCUUUGCAAACCCAUCAUAAAGUGUUUGGAGACUGAAGUGUCCUGCCUGAGUAAACAAAACGAACCUCAUCUUGAGAGAAAACUUGGCCCCCUGACCAUUGCAAGCUGCAGAGCCAUGGAGAUGCAGUCCUACUACACCAAACUCUUGAGCGAGCUGAAUGAGCAACGGAAGAGGGACUUCUUUUGUGACUGUAGUAUCAUAGUGGAAGGGAGGAUUUUCAAGGCCCACAAGAACAUUCUCUUUGCCAACAGUGGCUACUUCAGAGCUUUGCUGAUCCACUACAUUCAAGACAGUGGCCGGCACAGCACGGCUUCCCUGGACAUUGUUACUUCGGAGGCCUUCUCCAUUAUCCUGGACUUCCUUUAUUCAGGUAAGCUGGAUCUUUGUGGGGAAAAUGUGAUUGAGGUCAUGUCAGCCGCCAGUUACUUGCAGAUGACUGACGUGGUCAACUUCUGCAAGACGUACAUUCGGUCGUCGUUGGACAUCUGCAGGAAGAUAGAGAGAGAAGCUGCCUUUUACCAGGCGGACAGCGGGAGCUCCAGUUCUGCCAGAGAAGGCACAUCCUACAGUGCCAAGUCCCAGUGCUCAGCAUCCGCUUCCUCUCUGCAGGAAAAGGAGCGCAUUCCAGACUGUCCUCAAGUCCCUCCCUGCGGGGACUGUACCAGCUGCCAUCACGUGGAACUCCUGGCCAGGGACCCUGCGAGCAGCGAGUCUCCAGAUGACACAAACUCUUCAGCGCCCAAGGGGAUUGAACCGAAGGUCGAGUUUGAUGCAGAUGAGGUGGAAGUUGGGGAGCGGUUGCAGCAAUACCCCACUCCCUUGACAAUUGAGCAGAUCGAAGAGGGGCUUCACAAUGGGCAGACGAUGGACCUGGCAUGCAGCAGCUACCACAUGAAGCAGGUUCUCGAAGCCCUGCUGCGCAACAGCGCCUCCCAAAGGAAAGACGAGGUGGUCCAUCCUUUCGUCCGUGGCUUCGAGGGCAGGCCAGAAGAUGCAGGCAUGCCCAUGAGUUCCAUGAUGGACAUUCAUAAUGACUGGUACGGAGAGGACACAGGUGAUGUCCUUGUGGUGCCCAUCAAGCUGCACAAAUGCCCGUUUUGCCCGUACACAGCGAAGCAGAAGGGCAUCUUGAAGCGCCACAUCCGCUCCCACACGGGCGAGAGGCCCUACCCCUGUGAAGUCUGCGGCAAGCGCUUCACGCGGCAGGAACAUCUGAGGAGCCACGCCUUGAGUGUCCAUCGGUCCAACAAGCCCAUCAUCUGCAAAGGCUGCCGGCGAACGUUUACCAGCAGCCUGACUCAAGGCUUGCGGCGUUUUGGCCUGUGCGACAGUUGCACGUGCGUCACCACCACGCACGAGGAUUCGAUGCCGAUCAACCUCAGCCUCAUGGAACCUUCAUCAGAAGGGCAGGAAAAGAACGAUCCGGACAACGACUGGCCCAUCUACGUCGAAUCCGGGGACGAAAAUGACCCGCCCGAAGAUGAUGAGGCUGACCCCGAUGAUAAACAGGGCCUCCAUCAAGAAGCACUUAUGUAGGAGCACAAGGGGAGGCUGGGGGGCAUCUGGGAAUCUCUUUCCCUAUUAUGGAUUGGUCGUCUUGCAGAUGGACACCACAGAUUUGCCUAGGAUUGCGUGAAGUUUUUUUUUUUUAAAUAAUAAAUAGGAGUAAUUCCCUUUUGGUGAUCACAGAUGGACUUCUGUAAUUCUGAAAUGUCUUUUUAAAUGGUGAGUGCUGCGCGCUACUUAUUUGAAAGGGGUUCAAGAGGAGGAGAAACAGUGUUCCCAGCUAUAGUUUGGAAAGGUUGGAUACCUUCUGCAGCCGGCAACCUCUCCUACUCGCUCGGGGUGGUCUCUCUCUUUCCUCCCUGUGGCUUUUUCCUCGAGGUGCCCCUUUGGAUCUAGAAGAGAUUUGGGGACAAGCUUGUCUGGCUUCCUUCCUCCCCUCCAGGUUAUCCUGAUCUUUAAUCCUAACUUGGAAAUAUAGAACGUGACUCUGUCUGUGCAAACACGGGAAACCCCAUCGCCAGUAUAAACGAGUCAAGAAAGGGGAGGUGGUCCUAAACCAUGAUGGAAUCCUAAUUUUUAGAUAUUUUUUAAUACCCCAACUUAAAUGGACACGUCUGCUCUGCCUCGAGUCAAGAGGCAGAUAAAAAGUUUACAGAUCUCUGGAGUAACAACCUUGGGAUCUCCAGACCACUGGGCACUGAGACGUUUUGUGCUUGAACCAAAGGGGCUCUUCUGUCUCAAGCUGGGCGUGUAUGACAGGACUUCAUGCUGGGGACUUGCUGAUGAUAGAGCAGAAAGCCUUGGGUUCAUUUCUCAGCGUCUCCAAAUAGAACAUGGUAUUUUGCUGCCUGACUGCAGCUGCCUUUGAUUUUUGGACUUGAAGCAACGGGCGUUGGCUGCUGCUUUGCCUGGAGGCAGGUCCUGUACACAGGGUCCAAGCUAUUACAGAAGAUGUGCUGCUUGUUGACUGGGCCCCUUAAAAACAACCAAGCCUCUGCUGAAAUGGUGACAUCACACGGUUCAUAUCUCUAAGGAAGAUAGGAAGAAAUAUGAGAGGGAAGCUGAUCUUACUCCAGAGCCAAAGGUGGGGACUUGUGGCCUCCAGAUGCUGUUGAGUAGAGCUCCAUCAUCUCUCGCUGGCGGCUGAGCUGGGACAUCUGGAGGGCACGCAUUCCCUGCCCUGUGCCACAGAGGAGUCUGGAAUGAGCCUGUGUCAGGGGUCCAACUUAACAGAACUUCACUUUGCACCUGUUCAUUAGAACGGCAACAUUGUGAAGGUUUGUGGGAAUGUCAGUGUUCUGGACCUUGUGGGUGGGGGAAAUUGGCCCCUUGCAAAAUCACCACUCUGGUGGUGAUCGUAAACCCUGAGUAAGCAAAUGAACCACAAUUCUUCAGUUUUAUGCUACCUGUUCACCACCCCGCCUCCCUCCUGGAUGCGCUCCUCUAGUUGCACAGUUAGACGGUAGUUUGGGUGGAACGUGGUGGGUUUCUGUGUUUGUACCGUCUUACGAGUUUGUCUUGAGUACUGUUCUGUGUCAAAAGAAAAUCCAGCUUCAACUUUGCCUUCUUCCUGUUGAUGGUGUACACUAGGAAUUUGGUUUCCUAUAGAAUGUGAGAUUACUCAGUUUAUGUUCUCAAGCUGAAUUUCUAUAGGCUAUUUAAACAAGCCGGGGAACUAGCAAAGGACAGUGGAUAUCACACAACAAAGGUGCUAAAAGAAUUCAGUGAAAAUCAAAGUGUAAAAUUGUAUGUGGUGGUUUGUAGCUAUGUUAUUCAGAGUAACUUUGCCUUCCCCAUCUUGGUGACCUCCCCAAUGUGCUGGACCAGCUCCCACCAUGGCUGUGCUGGCUAGAAGUUGUGGGGAUUGAUCUGACUCACCUGAAGAGCACCAAGAAAGACAGUGUGAUAUGGCGGUUGAGGUGCUGAACCAGGUGCCGGAAGACCUAAGUUCUCGUCCUCCCUUAGGCGUGGAAGCCACCUUGGGCCAGUCACUCGCUCUCAGCCAGAACCAGUAUCAGCGCUGCAGCAGGCUGGCUGAAAAACAAAACCUGCUCGUUGCAUCCUGCCUCGGUCGCUUUGCUGCAUAAACUGGGCGAGCAUAGCAGACCCUGUAAAACGAAGCAGGAGAAGCUCUAAGAAGAGCAACAAAAACCUCUGAAGGGCAUCAGGUUAGGGAAGGCUUUAGAAAUGUUUGGGAUUAUUAUAUAUAAAUCUGGUGACCUGGAUGGAGCGGGGAGUCUUGGAAGCAGAGACUGUCCCUCAACGGUCAGCUGGCCGGCCUCCACGGGCUGGAUCGCAGGCGGUGGCUCACUUUCUGCACAAUUGGGGAUGCUUGGGUCAUCUCAUGUCCCAAGUUUUCUCCCCUGCUUCCUUUCUGAAAGAAGGCUUAAAUUUUGUUGUCCUUUGGUGCAGCAGUAAGGAACGUGAUGGUCUA